GAAAGAUUGUUUUAACCUUCAAGGAUGUGACCUUUUUGCUGAUUGAUUUGUGUCAAGAUGCACUCAAGUCUUGUUUAGCUACGUCAUCUCUUUGUGUGAAGUGGCAUACCUUGUCAGGUAAAUUCUAGGUCUUUUGGCAUGGACUGACAAGAGUCUGUUAACUGGAUUUUUACAGGGGAAAAGAGAAUUUUGAGGAAGGGGAAGAUAUUAAGGGGAAAUAUGCGGGAAAUUUUGGUUUUAGAAGGGGGCAAAGUUGCCCAAAAGACAACCAAGUGGAAAAAACCUUUAAAGCGUUGAACUUUAGAGUCUGUAGAUACAUAAGGAAUCAAAAGUUAGAUACUUAGCAGAAGCACGAAGCAGCAAAAAAAAGCUUGUGCUUUUGUUGAAGGUGUAAUUUGUUGAUGUAACAAUAGCUCAAGGUAUGUCUUUUGUGUUUCUCAUGCGUAAUUUGUACAUAUUAUAUUGAACAUCGCAUCCAAUUGGGUGUUUUCUGUGUCUUCAUUAAGAAGUUAGAGAAAAAAAUGGUUCAAUGCAAUGAACCAUUUUGAGGCAAAAGUGAAUGAAUUUAAAAUUUUAAAAGAAUGAAGAAAGCUGGGAUAAAUUAUAUUCUUAAAGUACAGAAUGUUAGAAUGAGUAAUACUCUUAUUUGCAGAAUUUAUAUAUCCAGUUGCACUGCUUGUGGUACAUGAUAAAGAUUGUACUUGUAAUGGUCAUAUAAUCUCCAUAUUAUAUGCACUUGAUUUGAUGAUGAUUUAGAAUAGUUUUUAUGUUAUUGGGAAUGUGGAAUGCAGAAAAUUUGAUGGUCUUGAGUUAUUUGGGUUGUUGCUUUUAAGUUUUAUCAAUCGUUGUUUAUUGUGCCUUUUGUUUAUUGUGCCUUACGCAAUUGAAUUGUUGCCAACAAUUUGAUUGCUAUAUGUUUUGCAUCAUGCAAAAGAGUUUAGAGCAAUUGGUGGAUUGCUGUUGUCUUACUACUGGGCUGCUGAUGAGAAUGUCCCAUCCCUGUAUAUUGCUUGGUCGCAGCCAUAUUCCUUGACAUAUCUUUCAGAUAUCAUUAAAUCUCUCCUUCUAACUAGUAUUUUUUCUUAGCAUUUGUUUUUGGCAGGUAGGUAUGCAAUUUCUACGGCACUGGUAAAAGAAUUGCAAAUAACUAGUUAGUUCUUUCUUUGUCUCUUUUGGUUUUGAAACAAAUUUAGUCAUGUCCUAUGAGCAUGAAUUCUAGAAUAGUUUUUGUUAAUCUACAACUGAUUUAGUUGCAUUCGGGGGUAGUUCAUAUAAUUGAUUGCGGUGUUUGUUCAUGUGGACUGGUGUAUCCGUGAAGGGAAUGCAAAUUGUUGCUUGCAUUUGAUGGUACAUGCACAAAUGUUUUACUCUUUCUCUUCAUUCAUUUAGGAAAAGAGCAUUCUAUCAUUCCA